UUUACAUAACACUUACAAAAUCUAACUACUGCGAAGAGAUCUCAAAUCCAGUCCUCUCCAGCCCAAAGCCAGGAAAACGAUGAUGGACCCUUCUUCCUCCUCCUCUUCCGCCGCCACCGCCACCUCCAUCGGCGGCGACGGCAGCGGAGGCGGAGGCAUCCCUUUCGUAUCUGCAUGGAUGGCUGUCAUCUCUCAACGCUACCAGCACGUGCUCGACAAAUCAACACCGCACGUGCUCCGGCGGUGGCUAGGGUUUGCGAUUGUUGCCCUAAUCUACAUCAUACGCGUGGCGACCAUCGAGGGCUUCUACGUGGUCUCGUAUGCCCUUGGGAUCUACGUCCUCAACCUCUUCAUCGCUUUCCUCUCGCCUCAGGUUGAUCCCGAGAUCCAGGGGCUCGUCGACGGAGAGGGGCCCACGCUGCCGACGAAAUCGUCCGAUGAGUUUCGGCCUUUUGUUCGUCGGUUACCUGAGUUCAAAUUCUGGUAUUCCAUUACAAAAGCCUUCUGCAUUGCUUUCAUAUUGACAUUUUUCGAUGCUUUUGAUGUGCCCGUGUUUUGGCCUAUUCUUGUGUUCUAUUGGUUUGUGCUAUUUGUGGCCACAAUGAAGAGGCAGAUACUUCACAUGAUAAAAUACAAAUAUGUUCCUUUCUCCACUGGAAAACAGCGUUAUGGAAAGAAACCGGCAUCAACACAGGAUGCAAGUUUGUAGGACUUCGACAUGCGUUAUGCUUUAGUGCUUUGAAGUUUCCUCUGGCAUGUUUGGAGAAAUUUUGAAGGAGAAAGCAUACGGAAAACUCGAUUCAGUUAAGACUUAAAGGCUCACCAAAAGCAUGGAGGUGGCUUCUUGUGUCUUGUUUCUGUUGAAAGACAUGUUUUAAUAUUCAUGUAGCGCUUGUUGUUAAGGAUACGAGAUUAAAUAGGUGCUCUGAUGCCUUUUUUAAAAGAUUUAUUUGGGGUUGCAGCAAAUCAUCAGUGUGAGAUUUCAUAUGAA